AUUACUUAUUAUAUGUAUUUAUAUGUGAGUUUUGAUUUCCCAAUGUUAAAUAGUUUAUUAUCUGUAUUACCUCCAGUCACCAGCCUCACCAUCACCAACGCAGUACUUCACCGGUAUUUCACCGGUAUAUACUAUUCGAUCAGGGCCAGAGGACUGUAAGAGGACGCACACCAUUGCAGUCUCCGAGUCAUGGGGAAGCAAGUGAUCUCCACCAAAACACCUCACCACCUCAGUUCUGCCCAGGAGGAUGUGCUUCACCUCUGGCCAAUCGUCACUCUAUGUAAAAGCAAAAGCAAGCACGGUAUGGUGAGGGUUGUACAGAAGACCUCAAAUGAUACAUUAAUAGUCCCUCAGCGUCUCAGGAACCACUGCAUCUCAGAAAAGAACAAUUCAGUCAAAAAGAGGGCGGAGAAAAAACUGGCAACAAAGUUCCGAGGAGAGCGCACCAAGUGCAGCUACGGCCUGCGGACCUGGGCAUUCUCCACUUACAUGGACACUGACGUGCAGCAUGACGAUGAUGUUACAUACUGCAGACAAUGCCAGAAACACUUUUUUGGUGUAUGCUUUCUCCAUUCCAAGCUUGUUUUCAAUAGAGAAGUUGUGCGGGAUGGGAGUGUGGAGGAGCGAGCCCGCCUCACAACACCCUGGCCUCUGUAUGUGGCUGUCUCCCACAUACCAGGGGCAGGGGAAGGUGUGUGGACCUCUGCUGCCCUUCCUAGGGGACUGGUUUUUGGCCCUUAUGAAGGUCAACUUCUCAGAGUGAAAAAGAAUUCUAAAGCAGCAGAUUCAGGUUAUGCUUGGCAUUUGCAGGUAAAGUCUUACAAGAAGAGCAAAAUGUAUAUUGACAGUGUGAACAAAUCCAUCAGCAACUGGUUACGUUACGUGAACUGUGCCCGGGAUGCCAUGGAGAUGAACCUGGAGGCUUUCCAAUAUAAGAAGGACAUAUACUACAUCACUCUCCGGGAAAUUGAAAGCAAUUCUGAAUUGCUUGUGUGGUAUGGUGAUGAGUAUGGCAGGGAGCUGGGGAUAGUGAACCUCUCAAACUGCAUUAUCAACAUGCCUCCAGCCCAAGGAGAUGCUUUAAACUCAGAAGAACCAGAGAAGUCACCAGCCUCUGAAGAGACUAAAGUUAACAAUAAGAUGAAUAGCAGUGAGAUCAAGCCUAUGUAUGGUGAACAGACUCAGAAGAUUGGCAAACUCACCAAGCCACAGUCAGCAUUACAGCAUCUGUUUUGCCUGGCUAGACUAGAAAGAAAGGAUGAUCACAGUGUCAGGGUGGUGUAUGUAAACUCCAUAGAUAAUAAUAGGGAUAGUUCAGGAGAUGCAGGCAGGAAACUUAGGAUGUAUGGGGAUAAACCUCACUUACUUCCCAAUGUGAGGUUCAACCAGAAGUAUAACUGCAAGUACAAUCAUGCAUAUUGUAUAGAGUGCAGAAAGACAUACAGCAACCCUUGCCCCAAGCACCCAAUGACACUGAUCCUGGAUGUACCUGUUCCCCGUGAUGGCAGCUUCCAGAACCGUGCUGAGCUCACUGCCCCCUGGCCUCUGUACAUUGCCAAGUCCAAGGUGGAGGAUGGAGGUCUGGGGGUGUGGACCAGUGCUGACCUUCCCCAGGGACUUGUGUUUGGCCCCUGUGAAGGCCAAAUUGUGAGGAGGACUGGAGAGAUGUCUGGUUAUGCCUGGGAGAUCCGUGGGAGGCCAGACCUAGAAAUAGACUGUAAAGACACCUCGGUGAGCAACUGGGGGCGCUAUGUUAAUUGUGCAAGAAACUACAUUGAAAGGAACCUGAUUGCUAUGCAGAUUCAAAAUGAAAUAUUCUAUGUCACCAAUACUGAGAUUAAAAGGAAUACAGAGCUGAUGGUGUGGUAUGGAGCAUCAUAUGGGCAGAUGCUGGGUUUAUCCACCAGGGAUUUCUUUAAACCACAAUUAAGAGCAACAGAGCUUGAGAGGUGGUGCAGUGAGUGUCAAGUGCUCUUCACUUCACCUGAGUUCUUGAACAGGCACAAAGAAAGAUGUGGGCAGAAUGUGAGAGGCAAAAGCAAGAAAAGAACACAGGAUGAUUCAGAUUUGCUUCCACCUAAACACUUGAAGUCAGAAAGGAAGCCACAAAGAAAAAACAAAAAGAAGACCUCAGUAAGAAAUUUGGAAGGAAGCUUUUUAUUAGAAGCUAGAAAUGCUGUUAGUCAGACUAAGGAUCUCUGUGAUAUCUCUAGUACUGAUGUUAACUGUUUUAGUUCCUCAGACCAGUUCAUUGCCCCAAGUUUCAUCUCCAAGCAAUCAUUUCAUGGUAAGAAAACAAAAAUUUCAGAAAAUAAUGUUUCCCAAAGAUUGUGCCACAAGCCAGGGUGUAAGUGUGGUGCAAGCAAAAAAGCCUUCAUUCCUGGCAAGGUAUACAGGUGUGGCAUGUGGCAGGAUAAGCCUCAUGAUGGGAGUAAUGUUAGCAAGUCAUCUCUUAAAACAGUUACUUUUGAUUCCCAUAAAGGGUCUGCUGAUUUUGUCAGUCCUGAUAAAGCACUGCCUCCUGAUGCGGAUUCUGCAAUGUAUUUUGCCCAUGAAUUAAAGGAACCUUAUCAGAAUGCAUUAGACAGUCAUGACAUGCCAAAUGUAACCACUAAUUUGAAUCAGAUAGUAAAUUUGACUCCUGUCAUUUCCCAAGACUUACAUGGAACUUUCAGUCAGAUUUUAGAGUUUGAUUCUGCUGAAACAGUAAACAAUGCUUCCUUGGAUUCUGGUUCGGCCUUUUUGGAUAGCUUUCUGAGCCAUGAUGAGCCAUUUUUAGAUUCAUUGAAUCUGGAAGAAUACACUGCUUCACAGGAAAAGUCAACUAAUGAUUCUUCAGGCUACAAGAGUAUUAAUUCCAGCACCCAGAGCAACCAUUGUGAUAAUCUGUCUGAUAAUGUUUUGAACUCUUCAUUGUCCACAAGUGGUCUCAGGUAUUCCCAUAAAGCUGAAUGCAGGCCUCAGAUGCCAUGCAGAGAGAGCACUCACAUAGAUAUGUUGUGUGAUGGAGAGAAUGAUGAUGAAAAGUCAAAACAAAUAUUCAGUCAUGUUUCUGAUGACAAGAUUUAUUGUGGAACACAAAAGAAAUGCUGCCCAGCUCAGCUACAUGAAUGGAGAAAUUGUUCAUGUUCUGAUGGAAUGAGAAUGAUCAAUAAGCAACACACAAGAGAAACCCAUCAAAAGGUGUUACAUUACUCUGAAAGUGGUAACUGUAGUCAUCCCCACCCAAGUAAUAUGCUACAGAAGAAUUUAAAGAGAAAAAAUCUUAAGGAUACUUCGAUGCAGCUCUAUUGGAAGAAAAGGCAUGAUAUUGAAAGCAGAUGGAAAAUGUCAAGCCAUUCCACAGUAGAGCGACUUCAGAUUUAUGUAAGAAAGAAUCAUGUGCAUGGUGAACACGUGGUUAAUAGGACAAAAGCUUCUGUCCAUCCUCAGGAACCCGUUGCAGCACAUGCAGAAGACUGCAUCCAGGAUGAAGCUAACAUAUCUGCAGAUUUGCAGCAGGGGGAGAGGAACAUCAGUUUAUCCUGUGAUAGAUUUUAUGGCAAGAUGUCAAAUCAUGAAAUGAGUCAUCAGAAUGUGGCAAAAGAGAAUGGUAACUACUCAAGGCAAGUCAGGCCCUGCAGCACCUUAGAUUGUGGUGGAGAGGCCAGCCUUUCAUCUCUAUACCAGCAUAAUCAAACUCUUCAUGGAGGUAACUGUGGUAUUAAUGUAGCUAAUCAUUCAUCAAUUAGUGGCUCAAGACAGAUUAUUAUGCACCAAAAAGAAAAUUAUUGUGCCAGAACACAGCCACUUCAAUCAUUAAUCAAGAAGCAUGAACACCCGUACUCAAGGCUGUGUCCUAGAAGUGGUGGCGUCAUACUCUAUGAAUGCUUCAAAUGUGGGAAAAAAUUUGCCAGUAAAUACAACCUUCAUGAGCAUCAGUAUUUUUGUAUGUAAUGCAGUGCAGACUUUAUUAGUGCUCACUUUGAUUUUUUAUCUUUGUUAGAGGAUGAUUUUGAAUAUUGUAACUGGAGCCAAAAUUGCAGUGCUGGCAUUUCAUCUUUGAAAAAACCUGGAUGUGUUGUAUAUGUUUUAUUUAUUUGUUAUUUAUUAGUGAAUAUAUUUGUUUAUGCUUUAUACAAACUAGGAACACACAUACACACACACACACACACACACACACACACACACACACACACACACACACACACACACACACACACACACACACACACACACACACUUUUAAAAUUCGCCUUGAUAUGGAGAAGUAUUUUUAAGCACUACUUCUAUUAGGCUGAAUAUUUUAGCUUCUGUAAUUGUAAUGAAAACUAUAAAUAUGUAGUAAUUUAUGUACAUAUUCUGUCAUGUGGAUACCAGAGUGCUAGCGUGUGCCAUUUUGAAUAUAUGCAGGCUGGCACCUUCCUCAUACUGAUGAUUCGGUAGUAGAAAGGAAGUCUCUCUCUCUCUCUCUCUCUCUCUCUCUCUCUCUCUCUCUCUCUCUCUCUCUCUCUCUCUCUCUCUCUCUCUCUCUCUCUCUCUCUCUCCUCUAACUGCCCUAUUGCUGGCAUAGGCGAAUUAUUAUUUAACAUUUAUCACAUGGUAUACUUUGUUACUCCAUGCCUGGACCCAUUGCUUUAUGAUUAAUUUGUGUUUGGUUAUUUAAGAUUUUUUUUUCUCUUAGUACUAUAAGUUAAAGAUGUUUUUGGUUCGUGAAGUGUAUUGUUAUGGACUAGUCAUGUGUGGUUGUGAACUGUGUUGAUUAUAAGUUAAUAUGUACAAGACUUCGAACUGAAACAAAUGUGAAGUAUACUACGGAGGAGUGAUAAUAUGUAGUAAAGUGAAUAAUAUGAAGAAGUGAUAAUAUGUCAUAAUACGAAAAUGAAGUGUUAUAAUAUACAGCGUUUCUCGGCGUACACUAUUCUUAAAGUAGAUAAUGGAGAUAGUUACCAUAUCCAGUAAUGUAUACCGUACAAAUGACGAAUGUUGGCUGAUUCUCUGACUAUAGGUAUGUAUGGAUUGAAAACACAAUACUUUAACCAUUUCCGGAAGCUUUCGAUAAUGAACCUGUGUGAUUUAAACAGUGUGACGUGCAGACAUUCAGAGGUACAAAUAUUAAACGCGUGAAGUGCAAA